AUGCGAAAGGUACUUCGAGGUCAAAGCUCUUUCAUUCCAGACCCUGAACGUAUUGUCGGGGUUGCCGUCCUUCUCAGGUCUGCUAGCACAUCUCAUGGAGACAUACUUUGGGGUCUUAUUGCCGUUAGGUCCCGUAGGAACUGCUGGAUGUCGAUCAAGAACAUUUUAGGUUUUACAUCUGACGUUGAUGAGGCUGCGGUCGGCGAUGCCCAUGUCGGAGUUCCCACGACAAGGGUCGACCACGACCCUGAUGCUGUCCAUGUCGGGGUUCCUACAACAAGAGUUGACCACGACCUUGUCGCGGUCCAAGUUGGAUCUCCCACGUCUGAGGUUGACCAUGGUCCAGUUUCCGCCCAGGUUGGAGGAGCCAUUGCUAAUGUUGACCACGGAGAGCCCGUCGUCGCGGUUGCAGCGUCUACUUCUGAAGUAGACGAAAGCGUCCCAAACGUAGCAUCCAAAUUUGAGGUUGACCAGGGCCCAAUUAUGGCCCAGGUCGGGGUUCCCAUCUUGGAGGUUGCCGAAGGAAUAGCUGUAGGCAGUGCAAAGGAGCCAGAUACAGCAGAAGAGCCUCCGGAAGCUGAUGACGUAGAGACUUCUGGUGGCCCGUAUAUGAAGGGCUGA